AUGGCGGAACUGGUCGUUGGCGGCUCUACCACUACUUCCUCCGGCUCACCAAAUGAAAUUUCACCAUCUGCAGUCCACACUCCGACCAGGACGACCUUCUUUUACUCAAAUCAGACCACUCAUUAUCCAGUUGACGACAGACAUGCUCCUUUGAUUUACAAUUUUCCUCCUCCACAAGCUCACUAUGUACAGCCUCAUCCAAUACAAUAUGGAGCUUAUCCACACAAUCAGAGCCAUUCCCAUGGUGGAAACAAAAGUUUGUUCCAUCAAUCCACUGGGCCUUUCGUUGCUGGAAGAAGAUACAGCAGAAACUCGCGGUACUCCGUAAAUCGAUGCUUGUUGGAUCCCGAGAGCAAGCCAGCUCCUAAGGUGCCUCAGAAAACACAAGUUGUUUAUCCAGACGGAAGAACAGUCGAUGUAAGUGCCUUUUAAUUGUUGUUGUUGAUCUUCAGGUGUUGAAGGGACAAAAUUAUCGAAAAUGGACCUGAGUUUUGCCUACUUUUCGCAUGGGCAAAGUCAUGGAAGGAUUUAGCUGGCGAAAUUUUUUUAACCGCAUUAUCGCAAAUUUUGGCGUUUCGGUAUUUUACACUAGAUCCUUUUAGGUGGUUCUGCCUUCCUCUGAAUCUCCGGUUGUGAAGGAGAUGAGCACUCUGCAGAAUGGAGAAGAUGCUCUGGACCGUCUGUUGGAGUAUGGGUAUCGUCGAAUCAACUUUCUCUGCCAAACCAUGUACCCAGGCUUCAAACUGAACAAAUCUUUGCCUGGUCCUCCUGGCCCAGCACCGGAGUCGCCACCUCCUCCAGUUUUCGUCGUCACUCACCCUGAUCACACCCGAUAA